AAAAAAACAGCAUUUUCCUCUUACAAAGACAAAAAUAGAAUAUUUUUUUUUUUUUAACAAAUAAAACAAUUAAAUAAUAAUAAUAAAUAUAUUUUUUUUUUUAUUUUGAUAAUAAUAUAAUAAUAAAUUUUUUAAACUAAAAAAAAACAAAAAUAAAUUUUCAAAAAAUUAUUAUUAUUUUAAAAGAGAAAAAAGAAACUAUCAGUUAGAAAGAAACAAAGUUCUUUAAAUAAAAUAAUACACAUAAAAUAUAAAAAAACAGAGAAAAAUGGGUUGUUUUAAUUCAAAAGAAGCAAAGGUCAGUGUUGAUUCACAAACCAAAAAUACUCCAAGCACAAGCGAACCAUCAGUCAAAACAGCUGAAGUAAGAGCAGAAGAAAAAAUCUCAUCAGCCCAGGAUAUUUCACAAGGUAAUGUCGAAGAUUUUUAUGUUGUUGGUAAAGAAUUAGGUAGAGGUGCAUUUUCAGUUGUACGUGAAGGUACUAAAAAAACAAAUAAUGAAAAAGUUGCACUUAAAUAUAUUGAAAAGAAAUUUGUAAAGAAGAAGCACAUCGAACAAUUAAGAAGAGAAAUUGAUAUUAUGAAAAAAGUCAAUCAUCAAAAUGUUUUAGCAUUAAAAGAAAUCUUUGAAAGUGAUUCCCAUCUUACCCUUGUUAUGGAAUUAGUAACUGGUGGUGAAUUAUUUUAUAAAAUUGUUGAACGUGGUUCAUUCACUGAAAAAGAUGCUCGUAAUGUUGUUAGACAAGUUUGCAACGGUGUUGAAUAUCUUCAUUCUCAAGGUAUUGCUCAUAGAGAUCUCAAACCAGAAAAUCUUUUAUGUAGUGGUGAUGGCGAUGAUAUGACAAUUAAAAUUGCUGAUUUUGGUUUAAGUAAAAUCUUUGGUGGCGGUGAAGCCUUAGAAACCAGUUGUGGUACCCCAGAUUAUGUUGCACCAGAAGUUUUAACUGGAGGAUCCUAUGACAAUGCAGUUGAUAUGUGGAGUAUUGGUGUUAUUACUUAUAUUUUACUUUGUGGUUUCCCACCAUUUUAUGCAUCAUCACAAAAUCUCUUAUUUGAAAAAAUUCUUACAGCUGAUUAUGAUUUCCCAGAACCAGAAUGGACCCAUGUAUCAGAUGCAGCUAAAAACUUUAUUAGAAAUUUAAUUGUCAAAGACCCAGAUCAAAGAUAUACCGCUAAACAAUGUAUUGAAGAUGCUUGGCUCUCAGGAUCAGAUCAAUCAGUUAACCAAGCUGAUCUCCACAGUCACUUCGCAGAAAAGAUGAAGAAAUAUAAUGACCAAAGAAAGAAUGCCAAUCAUAACAAUUAAAAUAAUAAUAAUAUAAUUUAAAAAAAAAUCAAUUAAAAUCCAAAUCAAAAAAUUGAAACCAAAAAAAAAAAACCAAAAAAAAAUAAAACAAUUAAAUAAAUGUAUUAGUUAGUAAACC